AUGGAAGCAGCCCGAACCCUAGCAGAAGAGCUGCACAAGCACAACGUGCAACUCGUCUACGGCGGCGGCACAACAGGCCUAAUGGGCGAAGUCGCCCGCACACUAGUCAAGCUCUCCGGCCCCCAAGCCGUGCACGGCAUCAUCCCGCGGGCCCUGGUGCAAGUAGCCACCGACAGCGGCAUGCGCGAGCAGCAGAACGGCAACAGCACCGAGACCGGCGGGAAAACCGCCGAGCGAGUCAUUUCUGAUUCCAUUGAUGGGAACGGCAUCCCCGAGUCAGAGUACGGCAUGACGACUGUUGUUCCGGACAUGCAUACGCGCAAGCGGUUGAUGGCGACGAAAGUGCUAGAGGGGGGUCCUGGGUCUGGGUUUGUGUCGCUGGCUGGUGGGUUUGGAACUAUUGAGGAGGUUAUGGAGAUGACGACGUGGAAUCAGUUGGGGAUUCAUAAGGUUGGUGUUGUGUUGUUGAAUAUCAAUGGGUACUGGGAUGGGUUGUUGGGCUGGGUGCGCAAUGCUGUGCAGGAGGGAUAUAUUUCUGCGGAUAAUGGGGAGAUCUUGGCGGAGGCUAAGGAUCCUGCGGAGGUUUUCCCUAAGUUGCUGGCUUAUCGAGUUAGUCAGGGUCGGAUGCGGUUGAAUUGGGGACAGGAGUGA